GUUCCGCCCGGGCCAUUGACUGCGCUGCACAGGUGACGCCGUUGCUUUCGGCACGCCAUUGUGGACACUAGUUGCUGCUGCCGCCGUUAUCCUACGCCCUGUUGCCUGCGCUGGUUUGGUGUUAAUUCAUUAUUCCAGUGAAAGUUCCGUAGUGUAAAGCCUCGUUUCACAAUGGCCACUGACUCCUGGGCGCAGGCCGUGGAUUUGCAGGAAGCCGAAGCCGCAGAAUCGAUCAACAGUCUCCAACUCAAAGAUAAACCAGAAGAGAAUGGCGCUGCUUCAAAAACAGAGGGAGAAGCAAAUAACAAGACAGAAGACGACGACAAAGAGGACAAAGCAGCCCAGUCUUACCUGAACAAGUUAAUCCGGAGCAGUUUGGUCAACAACAAAAAUGAAGUGGAAGUUCUUCAGAAAGAUCCAAAUUCACCCCUGUAUUCAGUCAAGUCUUUUGAGGAGCUACGGCUUAAACCACAGCUUUUACAAGGAGUCUAUGGGAUGGGUUUCAACAGACCGUCUAAAAUCCAGGAGACCGCGUUACCCAUGAUGCUCGCUGAGCCUCCACAGAACCUGAUCGCACAGUCACAGUCGGGAACAGGGAAAACAGCAGCUUUUGUUUUGGCCAUGCUCAGCCACGUGGACCCCAGCAACAAGUGGCCUCAGUGCUUGUGUGUGUCGCCCACGUAUGAGCUGGCUCUGCAGACGGGGAAGGUCAUCGAGCAGAUGGGCAAAUUCUAUCCAGAGGUACAACUCGUCUACGCCAUCAGAGGAAACAAGUUGCCGAAGGGAGUGAAGCUACAGGAGCAGAUCGUGAUCGGGACCCCGGGGACGAUGCUCGACUGGUGUGCCAAGUUCAAAUUCAUCGAGCCAAAGAAAAUACGCGUUUUUGUGCUGGACGAGGCCGACGUCAUGAUCGCCACACAGGGCCAUCAGGACCAGAGCAUACGAAUCCAAAGGAUGCUUCCUAAGAACUGUCAGAUGCUCUUGUUCUCGGCCACAUUCGAGGAGACGGUGUGGAACUUUGCUCAGAGGAUCGUCCCGGAGCCGAACAUCAUCAAACUGAAGAGAGAGGAGGAGACGCUGGACACCAUCAAACAGUAUUAUGUCCUGUGUAACUCUAAAGAGGAGAAGUUUGAAGCUCUCUGCAACAUCUACGGAGCCAUAACCAUCGCUCAGGCCAUGAUCUUCUGCCACACGAGGAAAACUGCGGGGUGGCUUGCGGGGGAGCUGUCCAGGGAGGGUCACCAGGUGGCGCUGCUGAGCGGAGAGAUGCAGGUGGAGCAGAGAGCGGCCGUGAUCGACAGAUUCAGAGACGGAAAAGAAAAAGUGCUCGUCACAACAAACGUUUGCGCCAGAGGUAUCGACGUGGAGCAGGUGUCCGUGGUGAUAAACUUUGACCUCCCAGUGGAUAAGGACAUGAACCCCGACAAUGAGACGUACCUGCACCGGAUCGGCCGCACGGGACGCUUCGGCAAACGCGGUCUCGCCAUCAACAUGGUGGACAGCAAGAUGAGCAUGAAUAUCCUCAACCGCAUCCAGGAGCAUUUUAAUAAGAAGAUCGAGAGGUUGAACACAGACGAUCUGGACGAGAUCGAGAAAAUCGCCAGUUAAAGGGGGUCUUCUCUUAAAGGGAUGGCCCCCUCCUCAUGGCUCUCCAUGGACUCACUGUUUUAAGCUUUUACUUUUUUAGAUUCUGGAGAGAUAAAAAUAUGUUUGCACUUACUCAUGUUUGAGUCUGAAACAUACCCGAUUUCACUAUUUGUGCGAUUUAAUAACAUUUAGUUUUCUUUUUUUAUUCUUCUUGUUUUGUGGUGCUACGUUGGAAUAUUAUGUUUCCUAAAUUUUGGAAUCAGGAACGUUACAAAAUGCCAAGAGAUAUCAAUAUCUUUAUAAUGUGCCACAAAAUAAAAAAAACAUACGUACAAAGUGAAUGUAUUUGGUAGGCUCUGGCCUGUUCGCUGCAGUGAAGUUGGGUAUGCUUCUGUCUGGGGCCUGGCCACACGGCGUCUUCAUGGGUAUUUUUAUAAAGCGAUUAUCUCCGCUCAUCUUACCAUCUGUUUGGGCUCCUUGUGAAUAUUUAAACCUUUUUAUGACAAGUUUGGAAAGUAAAGAUGAUUAAACUCUAAAAUAAGUGAUGGCGUUAGUUUUUUACAAGGAACAAAGCAUUUAAAGGAACUGUAUGCGUCCUGAUUCUUACAGUUUUAAAAAGGUACUAAAAUCACAUCUGAACUUGUGUUGCCACAUCUUUAACCUGCAGAUGGAGGACAGACAAAAACCUCCAGAUUCACUCACUGAGCUGCAAAGGCUGCACUAGUACUGAGUCCUGAUUGGCUGCAGGUGCUGGGGUUUAGGUAGUGACCGUUUAAAGAAUCAUGUGACAGUCAUGCUUUCUGAUUGGAUAAUCGUCUUGAACCAAAAUACUGAAUUAAAACAACCAAUGUUUUUGUAAUUAAGAAUAAAUCAGCUUUCUAAUUGUUAUCAGUAAAAGCUAUAGUUGAUUUGAACAUGUUUAGCUCAUAUCUGGACACAGUUUGUAAAUAUUUAUGGAUUAAAAUGUAUUUAAAGUCAAAAUCUUCAUACAGUUCCUUUUGAAAUGUAUUAAAACCCACCUGGAAAUGUCUCGGUUGAGGUUCAAGUGUUUCACAAAUUUGAAUGCAAUGUAAAAUUAACCACAAAAGUGAAAAAAAAAAAACA